AUGCUAGAGAUGAAUAGUGUGGAAGGAGAUGAGAGGAGAAUGGUAACAAAUGGUUUGUUUUGGGCAGAGCGUUUGCUUCUCCUUCUACUUGUCGUCUUCCCCACAUACGUCGUAGAUCUCAUCCUCUUUCUCACUUUAUCCACUACUCUUUUCGCAUUAACCUUCUUCUUCUACUGUCCUAAACUCUCUUCCGUUGGAGUCUCUGGUAUGGGAGGAUUCUGGCUGUUUCUAUUGGACCGCUCCACGUUUUACCUAGGCCUUGAGUAUUCUAAACUAUUGGCUCAAGGCUUUGAAAUUGCCUUCCUUUGGCGUUUCACUGUUUUUCUCUCUGUCGUGGUCCACUCCGUCUACAUCGUCGACCACCUCCUUAGAUCUCGUCAAGCCGUACCUCCUCAAUCUCAGAAUGGUGAGACUCCGAUAUCCACGGGUGAUGCGAGCAAGGAAAUGGAGAAGGUGAAGGAGUUAGUAGAAGAUGGGAAGAAGACGAUGGAGCACAUGCUCCAGUCAGGUCUUGAAACUCUUAGAAAAGAGUGGGGAGAGUUUCGUGAUGAUGGGAAGAAGAUGAUGACACAAGUGGAUGUUGUGGAGAAUAUGAUCUCCUCACAGUCACAGCCUGGAACUCUGAGAGACAACAUGCACCUCAAUGCUGAUGAGAUCUGGGCAGAGCUCCGAGAUGACCUGAAAUCUAAACUCUACGAGGUUAUCAAAGUUUGCAGACAAGAUUUUAACAAAGAUGUGAAAUCUAUAGCCGAGCAACUACAUGAGACCUACCUUGCUGUCCAAGAAACCGCGAAAGAAGUGAAAAUCACAGCCGACCAGCUCCGUGAAACCUGCCUUGGGAUCCAAGAAACCGCCAAAGAAGCCAAGGUUACAGCGGAGAAGCCUCACGAGACCUAUUUCAUCUUCCAAGAAGGGGAAAAGAAGAGACGGAUGAUAAGAGGAGAGGACGUAGAGGGGUUUGCGGAGCUGAGGGAGCAAGUGCGGCGAAUGUCGGUGGAGGCGGACAUUAAGGCAGAGGAGCUGUCACGUGCGACGGUGGAGUUGGUGGAGGCGGGGUUCCAGCAAUGGGAGGAGGACAAUGCCGACUACCUUGCCUCCCUCCCUCUCCUAUAUUUCAAUCGUAACUAA